CAGCAGGUCAUAAUGCAUCGCAGAAAGGAUAUUGUAACUUGGAAGAAGUUUGCGAUGAACCGGAACCUCCCGCAGGUCGAACAAGCUUCGAGAUCAACCAACUCUUCUUCUCUACCAUCACCACCCUCUCGGGCUCGGAACACCUCCGAUACUGCAUUCCUCUUGCUUCAGUACGACGCCACAGCCCAGUUCCUCAAGACAGAAGCGCUCGUCACACAAGCGCGGCGUAUCACAAACUUGAAACAAGCGCCCGCCUCGCGGCAGUGA